AUGAAUGUUGCCGGUACAGCGGACGCAUUCGCAAAGUACUCACGACCGACGAUACGGAAGUACGAAACCAUCGGCUGGAAGAUCGAGAUCUUGAGUCUGUGGAUGGGAUGCUCGCAAGCGGCCGGCCGAUAUGGGCGCCACCGUUCUUCAUUGGGAAAUCUCAUUUCAAAUUUCGACCGCGACCGCCGACGCCACCAGCGGCCUUCACCGGAGAAGAAGCAGAAGCAGGGAAUCCUCCAAUCAGAUUUCAGCGAAGAACAGGUUGGCCACCAGCGGUCUCCACCUGCGAAGAAGCAGAAACAGAUGAGUGGUGAAACAAAUAUCAAUGGGGCUCUAUCAAAUGACUUGUUGUCCGACAUUUUUGACCGUCUCCCGGCCCACGAUAUAUACAAGGCAAGGCUUGUUUGCCGCUGGUGGUGCCAUGUGACCCAUAGCCACAACACUUACGCCCUUCUCUUAAAAGAAUACCGGUCUGUGUUCUCGAUGGGCACCCGAGACGGCCAGGUCGAGAUAACUAAGUUGAGGCAACAAAACACGAGCGUGGCUGUGACCGAUUGUUCGGAACUCUGUUUAGCGUUUGCAGAAGGAGGGAAAUGUACUGAGCUCAUCCUCUCACAUCACUCGUCAGGGGUAAUUCUUAAUCUCCCUUCACUCGUCACUCGUUCAGCGACACCUAUGUAUUCAUGGGGAGUAUCAUGUGCUCGGGACUCCAUGGAUUUGAAAGUGGUGGUCUACAUUCCUUCCGAUCCAUAUACAGGUGUAAUGGUGGACGAGUUUCACAUGUUAACGAUUGGAGAAGGAGAAGAUGAUGAUGAGUCGUGGAGAGUCGUGCAGGCCGAGCCUAGGGUUUUUAAGGAUAAACCCGUUUUGAUUACUGAUGGGUUUAUGCAUUGGGUCUUGCAUGACGACAGAUUAUUGACUAUUAAUUUGGAGACAGAGGAAUUCACGGAGAGCCCUGGGCCCGGUUACUCUAUUGGCCUGAGUGGGGAAGUUAAGAAUACUUACUUGUCGACUGGAAAGUAUUUAUCUUUAUUGCGUGAGUGUGGGGAGCUUUAUUGGGAGGUUUGGGAGAUGGAUCCUCGCACGUUUGCAUGGAGAAUGGCGGGGUUUUUUUCAUUGAAGGAACACAGGAGCCGAUUUAAAUCUUGGAACCAAUUUAUACCUUUAAGGUUGGCUAUAAUUCCAGUUGGGUGGGUCAAGUAUUUGGAGGUGUUGGUACUUUGUGCCGAUUUGGUUGAGAAUACAAUUUUGAUCUACAACCUCGUCAAGGAGGAAAUGAAGAAAAUGGAGCUAACUUGCAGGUAUUUAUCUUUAUUGCGUGAGUGUGGGGAGCUUUAUUGGGAAGUUUGGGAGAUGGAUCCUCGCACGUUUGCAUGGAGAAUGGCGGGGAAUUUUUCAUUGAAGGAACACAGGAGCCGAUUUAAAUCUUGGAACCAAUUUAUAUCUUUAAGGUUGGCUAUAAUUCCAGUUGGGUGGGUUAAGUAUUUGGAGGUGUUGGUACUUUGUGCCGAUUUGGUUGAGAAUACGAUUUUGAUCUACAACCUCGUCAAGGAGGAAAUGAAGAAAAUGGAGCUAACUUGCAGGGUUGGCUAUUACAGUAUACACCCUUAUAAAGUCUAG